CCAGUUUAAAAUAUAAACUUGGCAAUUAUAGAACAAAAUUAAGGAAUAUCGGCUACACAGAAGUCACAGUUAAUUCAAUCAAGCAUAAGCCAGAUGGAAUAUCCAGUCCUGCAUAUCGUGUAAAAAAAACCACGCAAGGCUGAAGUGAACUACUGCCCUUCCCAUCCACAAGGGGAAACGGAUGAAACUCUUGAGGCAGUCAGACAAACCCUUCUGACUGAAGUAAAAAAGAAGAACAAUGAGAAGAAUGUAAGAAUGCUGAUGGACAAGAGUUUUUCCAUCAGGAGGCAUGAGGUGAUCAAGGAACCACUUAUCGCAGACUUCAAAACCAGGUGGCCUGCUCUUUUCAGGAAAGAAGAGGUUUGUGCAGAAUUUGAGAGAAUUACAACAGCCCCAUUGGUGUCAAGAUUAUUUGCCAACAUGGAUGCAUACAUUGCAAAGCUUAUGAAGAUUUUUGCAAGCAGAGGAGGAGUAGUUGGGCAAAGAAUUAAAACACUCUUGGUGCCUACUACACAGACUGAUGACAUUGAAGUGAAGAGAGAAUGCAUAAUCAAAUCCCUAUGUGUCUACCUGAAUGAAGACCCUAGCAGUCUUAUUCUGGAGUUUAUGGAUACAGACGGUGCCAGCACUCAGGAGGCGAUCCAGAAAGCUGUCAUGGGAAUCUAUGUCAUAAGAUACGAAGGUGCCGACGUUGAAGAUAGCCCAGCAGAUGUUGGAGUGGUGUUGGAAGGUGAAAAAGUUCUCCAGGACCUUUGCAGUGUACCAUAUGCAACAGCCAUGUUGCUGGGACUGAUAUAUGGACUAAACUUAAGCUACCCUCCUGAACUCAGGUACACUUUCGAGGUACUACAGAAGUUAUUUCUGGAGCUUGAUGGCAACAAGUUAUCCAAUAAAGUGCAAACAUUGAAGACAAAGCUCUUCUCUGUGUUCGAGUAA